UCAGAAUGUGGAGUGUCGGGAGACUUUUAUAAGCAUUUCAUGGGUCUGAUGGGCAAAAUGUAAAUAAACCAGAGCAAGCAGCAAUGAUGCCAGUUUGCCAAAGACAAAGCAAAAGCCCAAAGCUCCAAAAAUGAAAACAACGGAGGAAGAAGAAAGAAGGCGGCUGGAGGAGUUGGUGGAAAGCAAUCCAGAUGACCCUUCCCUUCAUUUUCAACUUGGAGCAUACUUGUGGGAGACAGGCAUAGGGAAGGAGAAAGCGGCAGAGCAUUGGGUGAUUUCCGCAAAACAAAACCCUAACAAUGCGGCAGCCUUCAGGUACUUGGGCCAUUACUACGCCACUGUUUCGGCUGAUGUCCAGAGAGCCAUCAAGUGUUACCAGAGAGCUCUAUCCCUGCAUCCUGAUGAUUCCGAUGCUGGGGAAGCUUUGUGUGAUUUGUUGGACCGACAAGGAAAGGAGACCUUGGAGCUCGCAGUUUGCAAAGAUGCUUCUCACAACUCUCCCAGGGCUUUCUGGGCUUUCCGCCGAUUGGGUUUUCUCCAGGUGCAUCAAAAGAAAUGGUCUGAAGCUGUAGAAAGUCUUCAACAUGCCAUUCGAGGUUAUCCUACCUCUCCUGAUUUGUGGGAAGCGCUUGGUCUUGCUUACCACCGUCUUGGCAUGUUUACUGCCGCUAUUAAGUCCUAUGGGCGUGCGGUUGAAUUGGAAGAUACAAGAAUCUUUGCACUGGUUGAAUGUGGAAACGUCUUUUCGAUGCUUGGUUCAUUUAGAAAGGGAAUUGAGCAAUUUCAGCAAGCACUGAAGAUCUCGCCACAAAAUCUGUCUGCACUCUAUGGACUUGCUUCUGGGCUGCUUGGUCUAUCAAAAGAAUGUAUAAACUCAGGAGCAUUUAGUUGGGGAGCUUCAUUGUUGGAGGAUGCAUGUACAGUAGCAGAAGUAAGCAUCCAAUUAGCUGGAAAUUCAUCAUGUACUUGGAAGUUGCAUGGUGAUAUUCAGCUUACAUAUGCACAAAGUUAUCCAUGGAUGGAGGAGAGCCAGAGUUUAGAAUAUAAUGUGGAAACUUUCAACGAGUCCAUAUAUUCGUGGAAGAAUACUUGUUCUUUGGCUGCUAUGUCUGCUAGAAACUCUUAUCAACGUGCUUUGCACUUAGCCCCAUGGCAGGCUAACAUCUAUAUUGACAUUGCAAUUUGUUCCGAUCUUAUCUCUUCGUUCAACAUGGAUUGUACACAUGAUCGUUGUACUUGGCAACUAUCAGAGAAGAUGACAUUUGGGGCUUUAGUACUGGAGGGUGACAAUUAUGAGUUCUGGGUGGCUUUGGGCUGUUUGUCUCACUGUAAUGCAUUGAAACAGCAUGCUUUAAUUCGGGGACUGCAAUUGGAUGUGUCUUUAGCUAAUGCUUGGGCAUAUCUUGGAAAGCUUUAUAGAGAAGAGAAUGAGAAGGAAUUGGCUAGGAAAGCAUUUGACUGUUCUAGAGGUAUAGAUCCAUCAUUGGCGUUACCAUGGGCGGGCAUGUCAGCUGAUACUCAUACUGGGGAGUCAACACCAGAUGAUGCUUUUGAGAGCUGCCUACGUGCCGUGCAGAUAUUACCUGUUGCAGAGUUCCAAAUUGGUCUUGCUAAGCUUGCUUUGCUUUCAGGGAACCUUUCAUCUUCACAGGUAUUUGGAGCUAUCCAGCAGGCAGUGCAACGCGCACCUCAUUAUCACGAAUCCCAUAAUUUAAAUGGGCUAGCGUGUGAGGCACGUUUCCAUUUUCAAUCUGCCAUUGCUUCUUAUAGACUAGCACGUUAUGCUACCACCACCAUUUCUUCAGGCACUGUCUUGAAAUCUCAUUUGAAAGACAUAUCAACUAAUUUGGCCAGAUCACUUUGUAAGGCAGGGAGUGCCAUAGAUGCCGUGCAAGAAUGCGAAGACUUGAAGAGAAAAGGUAUGCUUGAUGCAGAAGGUUUGCAAGUGUAUGCUUUCUCCUUAUGGCAACUUGGUGAGCAUGAGGUGGCCCUCUCUGUGACUAGAACCCUAGCUGCCAGUGUUUCUACCAUGGAUAGGACAUCUGCAGCUGUGUCUGUUAGUUUCAUUUGUAGAUUGCUGUACUACAUUUCUGGACAGGAUUCAGCAAUUGUUAGCAUUCUGAAAAUGCCAAAGGAACUAUUUCAGAGUUCAAAAAUAAGCUUUAUUGUCUCUGCCAUUAAUGCUCUGGAUCAGAAUAAUAGCCUGGAAUCAAUUGUUUCUAGCAGUCGUUACUUUCUUGCAUCACAUGGGGAGAUCACUGGAAUGCACUAUUUAAUCGCACUUAGUAAACUAAUUAAACAUGGGGCAGAACACCACCUUGGAUUUCAGAGCGGAGUCAGUCAUCUUAGAAAAGCUCUUCACAUGUACCCUAACAGUAAUUUACUAAGGAACCUACUUGGUUAUCUUUUGCUGGCCAGUGAAGAAUGGGGAAAUAUUCAUGUUUCAAGUAGAUGCUCCGUUGUCAAUGCUUCUGAAUCUAAGAAUAAUGAAGGCUUAAAAUUGGCCUGGGAGAUCUUCAGUGCUGGGACAGUUGCUUGCCAUGCGAUGGGCAAUAGCAAACCAAGGUUUUCUUUUCCGACAUGUGGCUGUCAAUGCCCAAGUGGUUCUGGAGCUAUGCAAGAACUGCAGAAGUGCUUACGGCUAGAGCCAUGGAACCGUAAUGCACGAUACCUGCUUGUGCUUAAUCUCUUACAGAAAGCGCGUGAAGAGAGAUUUCCUGUAAAUGUUUGUAUCAUACUUGAACGUCUCAUAAUUGUGGCUCUUUCUGAUGAGUUCUAUUCUGGAAAAGAAGCCUGUUGUCAAUAUCAGAAGUUUCAGCUUUAUCUAUGUGCUUCUGAAAUAUUUUUGCAAAGGGGGGAUAUCAUUGGAUGUAUCAACCAUUCAAAAAGUGCUUCAGCACUUUUGCUUCCCGAUAGCUACCAGUUUUUUGGGCACUUACUAUUAUGCCGUGGUUAUGCUGCAGAAGGCAAUUUUAAAAAUUCAAAAGAAGAGUAUGAAAGGUGCUUGGAGCUUAAGACAGAUUUUCAUGCUGGUUGGGUAUGCCUAAAAUUAAUGGAAUCUCAAUAUGAAGUGCAAACCUUUUCAAAUGUUGUUGAGUUAAGGUUCAAGGAAUGCUCAAAAGGGCGGAAUAAGUCAUGGAAUAUGUGGAUGGCUGUAUAUAGUUUAGUGAUGGGUCUGACAUGUAUAUGGAAUCAGGAUUUUCCUUCUGCAGAGAAAUUUCUGGAGCAAGCUUGUUCAUUAGCCAGUGCGGAAAGCUGCAUUUUCCUUUGUCAUGGUGUCACUUUUAUGGAGCUAGCACGGCUGUUUCAUGAUUCGCAAUUUUUAUCAAGUGCCAUAAGGAGUCUCAGUAAAACUCAUAUGACUUCCUUGGUCCCAAUACCUAUCGUCUCAGCAUUGUUGGCCCAAGCAGAAGGAAGCCUUGGUUCUAGGAAAAAAUGGGAGAGAAACCUUCGUCUUGAAUGGUUUUCUUGGCCACCAGAAAUGAGACCUGCAGAGCUCUUUUUUCAAAUGCAUUUGCUUGCAAGACAGAUUGAAUCUGAUUCUGACAGUUCGUCCAGGGUGGAGUGCUGUCAAAGUCCCCAGCAAUGGGUUCUUCGGGCAAUCCAUGCAAACCCUUCUAACUUGAGAUAUUGGAAAGUUCUGCAACAGCUUGUGUAACUACUCAGUCUCAAUUCUGCAAAUUGAACAACGAGAAGCCAAAAGUUUCAAGAUUUUGUACAGAAUACCUAGGACUUCUUCCUCAUCUUACCAUUCAAGAUUUUGUAGAUUGACCUGUCUUUUCUUGCAUGCAAUUGAUUAACCUCUAUUGUCUUGUCUGUAGAUUAUGUCAUCAAACUCACCCCAAUGUAAGUAAACACUGUCAUUGCAAUUUGCUGAAGAAAUUGCAGCUGCUUCCUUAAAACUUAGGUUUUAGUCUUAACGCAAAUAUUGACCUGAAGAUGUCAUUGCAGAAAAUUGUGAUUAUAGCUUCUAAUUGGGUUCUGUAGGAAUUUUUUGUGGAUUUCGUCAUUGGAUUGUUUUAAAUAUAGUUUUAUUGAAGAUUUUACCCAUUGCAGUGAA